UUACUUUUUUUUCUCGCGUAGCGGAACCGCAACCGGCGCUUUGAUUUUUUAAGAUUUUUUUUUUUUCGAAGUUUUUGCCGCAGAUUAAUGUAAAUUUACGCGCCAUCGUGGUGUUUUGUGGCUCUCCGUGUGCAUAUGUAUCGAAAAUGCCGAGAUUAGCGGCAAAAUGCAAAAUGUAAAGGGCGACAACAAUAAUCAGUGCAAAAGAAGUGCGUGCCAGCAGCGGUAAUAAAACACAAGCGAGUGGAGUGCCAAAAUAAAGCAGCACUUGUUGGAGUUCGUUUCGUGUCUACGAACAGAAGCGUAAAAACCGCAGAGAAGCAACAAGUGGCCAUACACGGUGAAGAGAGAGAGCGUGCAACGGCAACGACAGCGAAAAUGUGCAUAUGACCAUUGGUUCCUGAGCACCAGUUUCUCCUCCCUAUCUCUCCCCAUCAUCCCCGAUCAUCAUCAUCAUCAUCAUCAUCGGCAGGCCCCCACAUCCACAUCCACGUUCAAGUUCAAGUGCAGAGUCUUUGAAACAUGCGUAGACCAGUCGCCGCGUUGAGCCGCAAUCAUUACUUCGUCAUUGGGCUGCUGCUGGGGCUCGUGCUAAGCUGCUACAUACCGGAGGACAUCUGGGAGCUGGUCCAGCAGGAGGAAUGUCCCCAGGAGGCCGCCGAGAAUCUGCUGAUAGAACGCUUUGGCCAGGACUUUGAGCCGCAUCUGAACCUGAUCAACAAGCCGCUGGCGGCCAAAAAGCCGGUUAAAAAUGUGAUACGCCCCCGCUACUACUCCUCGGAACUGGGGAUCCGCGAGAAGCUGUUCAUCGGCGUGAUGACCUCCCAGGAGCACAUCAACAGCUUCGCGACCGCCUUCAACCGCACCACCGCCCAUCUGGUGAACAAGAUCAAGUUCUUCAUCUACGCGGACAGCGUGAAGACCAACUACAAGCUGAAGAACAUCGUGGGCUUUGCGGACACGCACGAGAACCGGCGGCCCUUCCACGUGAUCAAGUACAUUGCGGACAACUAUCUGGAGGAGUACGACUACUUCCUGCUCGUCCCGGACAAUGUCUACGUGGAUGCCCGCAAGCUGAACGCCCUGCUCUACCACAUGAGCAUCACCUUUGACCUGUACAUGGGCGGCACCCACAUCGGCGUCCCCUCCAGCGAGGGGGACGGCCCGGCCGGCUCCGGCGAUCGCAACUACUGCUCCCUGGAGGCGGGCAUCCUGCUCAGCAGCAGCGUCAUCCGCAAGAUGCGGAACAACCUCGACCGCUGCGUCCGCAUCGGGAUCACCGGCGAUCACAGCGUCAAUAUCGGGCGGUGCGUCAAGUAUGCCAGCCAUGUGCCCGGCUGCCAGAAGAGCUUUCAGGGCAUGCGGCAGUACAGCUACGCUCUGAACACGCCGGGGCGCCAGCGGAGGGACUUCAGCGACCUGGCCAAAGAGGAGGCGUUCCGGAAUGCCAGCACCGUGUAUCCCGUGCCGACGCCGGAGGACUUCUACCGCUUGCACGCCUACUACUCAAAGCAACACCUGGAGAUGGUGCAGGAGCGGGGCUAUGCGCUGGAACAGAAGUCCUAUCGGAUCGCCAACGGCAGCAUCUCCAACAAGAUACUCGAAAUCCGCUGGCCCCUGGGCGUGCCGCCGCCGAGUGCGCCGGAGACACGCCACGACAUCCUCAUCUGGCAGAUGCUGAACGAGACGCACAGCUACCUGCCCAACGGGAACGUGGAGCACGCCGUGGCGCCGCUCACCCGGAUCGAGGCCCUCGACUUCGCCAAGGUGCUGGAGAUCGCCCUGCAGUACGCGGCCCUGAAGCAUCCCGGCCUCAGUUACCACAGCCUGCACACCGCCUACCGCAAGUUCGACGCGACGCGGGGCAUGGACUACCAGCUGCACCUGAACCUGCAGAAAGGGUCGGGCCGGCGGCGGCGACUGUUGCUCAAGAGCUUCGAGGUGGUCAAGCCGCUGGGCCGCGUCGAGGUGGUGCCCUCGCCCUAUGUGACGGAGAGCACACGGAUCGCCAUCCUGGUGCCGGCCUUCGAGCACCAGGUGCCGGACGCCCUGGAAUUUGUGGCCCAGUACGAGCGCCUCUGCAUGCAAAACCAGGACAACACAUUCCUGCUGCUGAUCUUUCUGUACCGCCUGGACUCGCCCAGCAAAGGCGAUGAGGAUCCCUUCAAAGGCCUCAAGACGCUGGCCCUCGACCUCUCCUCCAAGUACAAAACAGAUGGCUCCCGCAUUGCCUGGGUGUCCAUUCGGCUGCCCGAGCAGCUGAGCGAGGCUGUCAGGCCCGAGGACUGGCUGCUCCACGCCUCGAUGUACGGCCCGAAGCAGCUGCUCAGUCUGGUGGUGGCUGACCUGGCUCUGCCCAAGCUCGGCCUCGAGUCCCUGGUGCUGCUGGCCACGCCGGGCAUGUCCUUCAAGGCGGACUUCCUCAACCGCGUGCGCAUGAACACCAUUCAGGGCUUCCAGGUAUACGCGCCCAUCGGCUUCCAGAUGUACCCCUGCCGCUGGGCGCAGUUCUGCAAGGAGUGCGAGGCGUGCGACGUGGCCCAGAGCAGCGGCUACUUCGAUCGCCACAACCACGAUGUGAUUGCAUUCUACAGUCGCGACUAUGUGCAAGCGCGCAAACUGCUGCAUCCACAGGGACUGCCCAUCAUCCGCAGCGACCUGGACAUCGAUCAGCUGCUGGAGCCGGCGUCCCAGUCCCGCCCCGAGGGCGUCGAGAGCAUCCUGGACAUGUUCGUGGCCGCCCAGCACUCGGUGCACAUAUUGCGCGGCGUCGAGCCCAAUCUGCGCUUCGGCCACGAUGUGCGCAAUCAUUUGGGCCGCGGAAGCACACUGCCGGAGCAGCUGCCCGAGCAGUGCGGGCGGGAGCAGUGCAUCCACUUGGCGUCGCGCAAGCAGAUCGGCGAUGCCAUCAUACGCUACGAGGACAGAAGUAUUCUCCACAAAUAGCCUGAUCCAGCUUCAGCUCCAUCUCCAGCUCCAGCGCCAGCGCCAGCUCCUGCCUGUUAUAUCAUCAGUUCCUUUUUAACAUAUUUCCAUGUAUGAAUGAAUGAAUGAUUGAGUGAUUGAGUGAAUGGGUGAAUGGGUGGGUGUAUGAAUGUCAAAUAGAUCUAGAUGCAGGACUUAUACAAACUCUUAUACUCGCAUUUUAUGCCUCCCCCCAAGGCUGAACUGGCAAGCAAACCUCCAGAAACAGAAACAGAAUCGGAAUCAGAAUCAGACAUUGGAAUUCCGUACUCUCGUGUAUAAGCCCUGCAGCGCAGACCUAUCUCAAUCCACUAUAGUGUUUAGACCUUAGGCAAUUCCUGUUGUUGCUUGCUUUUAAAGUGAAACUUUCAAUGCUCAAAAUGGCAGCCAACAAACCCAAUUUGUUGCAUGUAAUAUACGAUAGAUACUAUCUUUACGAAUGGUUGUAUGCACCCAUUUAGAGCUGCCAAAACAAAUGCCACAUGUUCCGAGAGAGCCAUUACAAGAAUCGAAACAAAAGAGAAAGAAAGAAAGAAACAUUCGAUUUUCGCAUGUAAAUAUUUAGCUUAUUUGUAUCUCUAUAAAAACGAAAGAAUUCCUGUACGAAUCCAUUGACUCCUAGCUAGGAAAUAUAAGUGUUAUACAUACGUGUCUGUAUAAUAGUGGUUUAAGUGAAACGAAACAACGACAUACAUUUGUGGCUGUAGAAGUGCCCCCGGCUUGCCUUAGCUCUCACGCUCUCUCCCUCGCCAUGCCAAAAUAGAGCGUAACCAGCAUUGUUAUACAUAUAUACAGAUAUAUUACAUUAAGAGAACGAACCACAGUGUGUCUAUUCGCUUAUGGGAAUGUACGUGUGUUUCAUUCCCACUGUUACAAUUCAUAUUUUUGGCCUCGCAUCCAGCCCCCGCCCCCGCCCUCCCCUUCGCUUUGAUCAUCGAAUAAGAAGUCUGCUGCCAGUCCAAUGGGUCCAAUGUGUUUUUUGUUGUGUGAGAAACAUUUUAUUUAUUACAAAACGUCAACUGCGGGAACACCAUCUUGUCUUGUAUAGUUUUUAGUCAUACGUAGAGUAGAUUAUGAUACUAGUUCUAUGUAGGAAUUGUUGUUAUUUUGCAGAAUAAUACAAUAAUACAAUGUGUAUGUGUGUAUGUACAAUAA